AUGGAUUCAGCUGAAAAUAGUGCCAAUGAUGUUGAAACAGUCCAACAAAGUCCAAGUUCCGAGGAUGGCACCAGUUCCAAUGAUCCUGGGAAGAUGUUUAUCGGAGGUUUGAGCUGGCAAACAACAGCCGAGGGAUUGCGAGACUAUUUCGGCAAGUUUGGUGAAGUUAAUGAAUGCAUGGUGAUGAGGGAUCCUGCUACAAAAAGGGCUCGGGGUUUUGGGUUUAUUACGUUCGCCGAUCCGGCUAGUGUUGAUAAAGUAUUAGCUGAAGAGCAGCACGAGCUUGACGGGAAAAAGAUCGAUCCAAAAGUUGCUUUUCCUAAGAAAGCACAACCUAAAAUGAUAAUCAAAACAAAGAAGGUAUUUAUUGGUGGCUUAUCGGCGACAUCAACUCUCGAAGAUAUGAGAAAUUAUUUCGAACAGUACGGAAAGGUUGAAGAUGCGAUGUUGAUGUUUGAUAAAGCCACCCAGCGCCAUCGAGGAUUUGGUUUUAUAACUUUUGAUAAUGAUGACGUAAGCGACAAAGUCUGCGAAAUUCACUUCCAUGAAAUCAAUGGUAAAAUGGUGGAAUGUAAGAAAGCUCAACCUAAAGAAGUGAUGUUACCUGUGCAGCUAAAUAAAAGUCGAGCAGCUGCCGCUCGUAAUCUGUAUGGGCUUGGACCUGAGCAGUUACUUGCUUACGCCUCUUAUUUACCACGACUUGGCACAUAUGGAACGAGUAUGUUUUAUAAUGGUGGAAUUUUCAACGGGUUUCAAUCGUACGCCCCACUAGCACCUACAUCACCACCAGGUGGCGCUACAAAUGGUGCUGCAGCUGCGGUGGCAGCUAAUGCUGCUGGAGUGACUCGUGGAUUCAACGUGACUGCAGCGCAAGCUGCUGCAGCUCAACAGGCCGUUGCAUUUGAGGCUGCAGCACUGUACGCCAUCGGAAGCGAACCAUUUGCCGGCAUAUAUCCGAGUGCGAUCCAUCACCAGACACCUCAACUUCCACAUGCCUUCCACAAGGUCUGA